CAUCAAAAUUCGAAUUUCAACUGUGCUUUUCUAUAGUAGCCGCCCUAUGUGCAGACAACGUAAGUCUUUUAUUUUGGAAACUCUCGCCGGAAGCGCUCAAUGUCAUUGACUUACCUUAACGGUGGAAAAAUAGAAAGUUUUUCCACUUCUUCGGAGUUCUGGCGUUUUAACACGUGACGUCUGACCUGAGCGCAUUUUUACAUCAACACUGACUGCUUAUUGUCGUGCCCCGGAGCCGCGACGCCGCUUUAACGGACCACUUUCUGGGCGAGGACUGAAAGAAGCGCGGCGCGGGAUAAGAAAAGUUAACGGAGUGGUGUUAGCUCGCGCGGCUAAAGCUAACUGUCCUUCGGCGUGUGACGUCACCAGAAGCAGGACCUCGCCUAACUGUCCUUGACUGUGACGUCACCAGAAGCAGGACCUCGCCAUGUCCUCCUGAGGACAGAUGGAGGUCCCCGCAAGCAGCUAGUCCAGUCAGGAGUCACUCAGGAUGGCCGCCGACUCCUCGGCGAAGUUUAGCGUCCUCCAUCGGACCUGCAAGCUGGUGGUGCUGCUGUGCUUCCUCCACAUCUCCGUCACCCUGGUCUACUACGUCCGCUCUCUGGACACCACCUCCGCCUUCCUGCACCACCUGCACCAGCACAACACCAGCACCGCCCCCACUACUGGUACUGGUACUGGUACUGGUACUGGUACUGGUCGCUCCAAGCCGCCCAUGGACGUCCCCAAAGAGGAAGGGGACAAGAAGAAAGGCUUGGACAAAUGUCCUGAAACUUCUCCACUGCUCGUGGGUCCCCUGCGGGUGGAGUUCAGCAGUCCGGUGAGCCUGGAGCUCAUCAAGGAGAACAACGGGCAGCUGGAGCCGGGCGGACGCUACAAACCCAAAGACUGCGAGGCGCUGCAGAAGGUCGCCAUCAUCAUCCCAUUUCGCAAGCGAGAAGAGCACCUGAAGUACUGGCUGCACUACCUGCACCCCAUCCUGCAGCGCCAGCAACUGGACUACGGAGUCUACGUCAUCAAUCAGGACGGAGACGAGAUCUUCAACCGAGCCAAACUGUUGAACGUGGGCUACACGGAGGCUCUGAAGGACUAUGACUACAACUGUUUUGUCUUCAGCGACGUGGACUUGAUCCCAAUGGACGACCGCAACAUUUACAAGUGUUUCAGUCAGCCUCGACACUUGUCUGUGUCCAUGGACAAGUUUGGCUUCAGGUUACCCUACAACCAGUACUUUGGGGGCGUGUCCUCCAUGUCCAAACAACAGUUUCUCACCAUCAACGGCUUCCCCAACAACUACUGGGGGUGGGGGGGUGAGGACGACGACAUCUACAACAGGCUGGCGUCCAAAGGAAUGUCCAUCUCCAGACCCACAGGUGAGGUGGGCAGGUGUCGCAUGAUCCGACACGAUCGAGACAGGAAGAACGAGCCCAACCCUCAGAGGUUUGACCGCAUCACCCACACCAGGGACACCAUGACCAAGGACGGCAUCAAGUCCUUGUCCUACCAGCUGGUGUCCAGACUGACCAUGGAUCUGUUCACCAACAUCACAGUGGACAUCGGCAGACCCUGACCACCUACAUGUGACAUGCUGGACCCGGUCCAACCCUGACCACCUACAUGUGACAUGCUGGACCCGGUCCAACCCUGACCACCUACAUGUGACAUGCUGGACCCGGUCCAACCCUGACCACCUACAUGUGACAUGCUGGACCCGGUCCAACCCUGACCACCAAAUGUGCCUUCGGUCUGACAUGCUGGACCUGCUUUGGUAUUUGUCUGUUACCUUCAAACCUAUCAAUCGCUCUUUUAAUCAAUGAACCGAUCCAUCGAUCAGACAAUUAUUGAUGUCGUCAACGUCCUCUCCUAAUUAGUUUUUUUCCCCUAAAUCAUUUGAAUCAAUGGUCUUUUGUUGCCAUGACAACUGAUUGCCAUCCUAUAAUGUGAGCCUGGACUUAAAAAUCAGCUUUAAUCACUUUUCAAGACUUCCAUGUAGACAAUCAGAGUCCUGUGACGGAUCAAUCAUUUAUUGAUCAGCUUGAAUCACUUGGUGUGUGUGUGUGUGUGUUGGUGUGUGUGUGUACAUGUGUGCGUGUACAUGUGUGUGUACAUGUGUGUGUGUGUGUGCGUGUACAUGUGUGUGUGUGUGUGUGUGUGUGCGUGUGUGCGUGUACAUGUGUGUGUGUGUGCGUGUGUGGGUGUGUGUGUACAUGUGUGUGUGUGCGUGUGUGCGUGUACAUGUGUGUGUGUGUGUGUGUACGUGUGUGUGUGUGUACAUUUGUGUGUGUGUGUGUGUGCGUGUACAUGUGUGUGUGUGUGUGUGUGUGUGUGCGUGUGUGCGUGUACAUGUGUGUGUGUGUGCGUGUGUGGGUGUGUGUGUGUGUGUGUGUGUGUACAUGUGUGUGUGUGUACAUGUGUGUGUGUGUGUGCAUGUGUGUGUGUGUGUGUACAUGUGUGUGUGUGUGUGUGUGUGUGUGCGUGUGUGCGUGUACAUGUGUGUGUGUGUGCGUGUGUGGGUGUGUGUGUACGUGUGUGUGUGUGUACAUGUGUGUGUGUGUGUGCAUGUGUGUGUGUGUGUGUACAUGUGUGUGUGUGUAAUGUAGACAAUCAGCGCUGAAUGUCUUCCAAGUUAGUUUGUGUCGAGCAGUUACCGUCAAUCAUAUUUGCUUUAGCAGUUUCCUCAUCCCACUGAACUUUGAACUCUUCCUGUCAAACAUUCAAAGAUGGAGGAAGUGACAAACGCUUCUCAUGUUUUCACAAUAAAAGCACUUUGUCGCUGUACACUUUCUU